AUGGCGGACCAGAACGAUGUAGAUCUCGAUUCCAUCAUCGAUAGACUGCUGGAAGUUAGAGGCAGCCGACCAGGCAAACAAGUUCAGCUCCUGGAAGCCGAGAUCCGUUAUCUAUGCACAAAGGCCCGCGAGAUCUUCAUUUCUCAACCUAUCCUUCUCGAGCUUGAGGCUCCCAUCAAGAUCUGCGGUGAUAUCCACGGUCAAUACUACGAUCUGCUCCGUCUGUUUGAGUAUGGCGGCUUCCCACCAGAGGCAAACUACCUUUUCCUUGGAGACUAUGUCGAUCGAGGCAAGCAAUCUCUCGAGACAAUCUGCUUGCUCCUGGCCUAUAAGAUCAAGUACCCUGAAAAUUUCUUCAUUCUCCGCGGCAACCACGAAUGCGCCUCAAUCAACCGAAUCUAUGGCUUCUAUGACGAAUGCAAGAGACGGUACAAUAUCAAGCUGUGGAAGACCUUCACCGAUUGCUUCAACUGCCUCCCCAUCGCAGCAAUCAUCGAUGAGAAGAUCUUCACAAUGCAUGGUGGUUUGAGCCCUGACUUGAACUCUAUGGAGCAAAUCCGUCGGGUCAUGCGCCCAACCGAUAUCCCUGAUUGCGGUCUUCUCUGUGAUCUUCUCUGGUCUGAUCCAGACAAGGACAUCACUGGCUGGAGCGAAAACGAUCGCGGUGUCUCCUUCACCUUCGGUCCAGAUGUCGUAUCUAGGUUCCUACAAAAGCAUGAUAUGGACUUGAUAUGCCGUGCUCAUCAGGUCGUCGAAGAUGGUUAUGAGUUUUUCUCAAAGCGGCAGUUGGUAACACUUUUCAGUGCCCCCAAUUACUGUGGAGAGUUUGACAAUGCCGGAGCAAUGAUGAGUGUGGAUGAGAGCCUGUUAUGUUCGUUCCAGAUCUUGAAGCCAGCGGAGAAGAAACAAAAGUACGUUUACGGUGGUCUUGGUGCCAGCAGGCCCGUCACUCCUCCGAGGAAACCCAAGCAUUAG